AUGGCCGACGAGCAGCAGGCAGCGGCAUCCCCGGUGGACAUGUCUUCACCUCGAACUGGAGAAUCACUGGCGGAACGAGAAACGGACGAAGUGGAAUCCAGUCGCGAAGCUCCAAUCGAGACCGAGGAGGUGGAGGUGGAGGUGGACAGUGGUAAUUCGGCUGAGCAGGAUGGUAGACCUGGUACACCUUCCCACAAUGCCGAAUUGAGCAUCGAGGUUCAAGAGGAAAUGCCGCCGGCAGWUGACAACGAGGAACGAGAAGGAGUAGAAGAAGCAGGACAAGUACGAAAUGAACAGCCGUCGACCGCAAAUUCAUCCCCAGCACCUGCACCAGCGUCAGCGCCCGAAUCUGGACCAGGAACACCGGCAAUGUCCAUGGCAACGGCAGGUCGCGAGCGCACCGAUUCGCAGUCAACGACGGCGACUACAGCGACGCGCAAUUCCGUGCGAUCGACGAGAAGCAGCAUGGUCUUUGUUGUGGCGGCGCUUGAGAGCAUUGCAGCUUCCRAAGACGCACGGAAGAGGAAACCGCUGCAGGAAUCAACCCAGCGUGCCCUAUCUUCCAUCAGGAACGCACAGGGUGAUGCGUCUCAGAUCAACCCGGAGGUGCUAUUUGAGCCCUUGAAUCUGGCCACGGAGGCAUCGACAGUUGCGGUGGUGGUCACGGCACUUGAUUGCAUAGGCAAACUCAUCAGCUACUCCUACUUCUCCGCCCCAGUUGUCCCCGAGGGAGGCGAGGCGCAAGAGCAGCAAAGACCCCCGCUUAUUGAGAGGGCAAUUGACACAAUAUGCGACUGCUUCCAAGGCGAGGCGACACCCGCCGAGGUGCAAAUGCAGAUCAUCAAGAGCUUGUUGGCAGCCAUCCUGAAUGACAAGAUUGUGGUACACGGUGCUGGCCUGCUGAAGAGCGUGCGGCAGACAUACAACAUCUUUCUCCUGAGCAAAUCUGGCGCCAAUCAGAUGAUUGCCCAGGGGACUUUGACCCAAAUGGUCGGGACUGUCUUCGAGCGGGUCAAGACAAGAUUGGGCGCAAAGGCGCUGCGAGAUGCAUCCGCCGCGAAUCUGAACAUGAACGGCGCAGCAGAUGCAAGUUCGGACGAUGCGUCAUCCACGGCACCCGCAACCCCAUCUGCGGUGGAGGUUGAUGACCCGAUCGAGAAGGAAGGCGGUCCAAAAAUGACAUUGCAGACCUUUGAGACCCGGAAAUCCUUUGACGAUGCUAGGAUCACCGACACGGCUCCAACAACAGUCACGAGAGCGCCGAAACGUUCCAAGCAGCCCAGGACCGCAUCAGGGACCGAUGUGCCAUCAAUAACUGUGCAAGGGGAAGGUGAUCAAGUCACGUUCGAGGAGGACGAGGAGGACGAAGUGUACCUGAAAGACGCCUUCUUGAUAUUCCGAGCCAUGUGCAAGUUGUCGACGAAAAGCCUGCGGGUCGAGGAUGCUGUGGACAUCAAAUCUCAGGGCAUGCGAUCGAAGCUGUUGAGCUUGCACAUUGUCCAUUCGGUAUUGUUCAACCAUCACACGGUGUUCACUUCACCACACGCUACGAUACGGAGUUCCACCAGUGGUGAUCCCACAAGCUUUACACAGGCAAUCAAGCAAUAUCUAUGUCUAAGUUUGAGCAGGAACGGCGCAAGCAGCAUAAACAAAGUCUUUGAGGUUUCUGCAGAGAUUUUCUGGUUGAUGAUGCAACAUCUGCGCUCUCAGCUCAAGCGCGAGCUUGAAGUAUUCCUAAAGGAAGUCUAUCUUGCUAUUCUCGACAAGAGAGCUGCUCCCGGAUGGCAAAAGACAUACAUUAUCCAGCAUGUCGUAGGACGAAUUGGCGCAGAGGCCAAAAUUUUGGUGGAGAUAUACCUCAAUUACGACUGUGAUCGUCAAGCCUUGGACAACAUGUAUCAGCGACUGAUUGAACAUGUCAGCCGGAUAGCAAGCCAGCCUGUCGCAGUCACUGCGAUCCAGCAACAGGCUUACCUUGAGAACCAAGCCAAGCAAAACAGCAGUAUGAACGACUGGCGAGAUAAGGGGACCUUACCACCUAGCCUGGCGACUGCCAACAUGGUCACACCGCACGAAAAUGAUUUUGGAUUUCCGCAGGAAUACGCGAUGAAGAUGCAGAGUCUGGAAUGUCUUGUUGAGAGUCUCCGAAGUAUGGUCAACUGGAGUCAGCAAACGCCGGUGGAGACAGUUGCCAGCGCGUUAGGUGAUGAACGAUUUUCGGUUGAUGACAUUAGAGAAAGCAUCGAUACAAGAUUGGAUGUCGGUGCCAAUGGCGCAUCCAUAGAUGGCAUGCCACCUCCAUCACCAAAUGUCGGGGUUGAAGCCCACAUUGCAGAAGAUGAUCCCGACGAGCUCGAAAAGGUCAAGGCGAGGAAAACAGCGCUGAACAAAGCCAUCAGAACGUUCAACUUCAAACCCAAAAAGGGCAUCAAAAUGCUUCUAUCAGAAGGACUUAUACCCUCAUCAGACCCGACAGACAUUGCACGAUUUUUCCUCACGCACGAAGCAGUCAACAAGAAGUCUCUGGGAGAGUUCUUAGGCGAGGGCGACGAGGAAAACAUUAAAAUCAUGCACAGUUUCGUCGACCAGAUGGACUUUGCCCGGACCCGGUUUGUAGAUGCGCUGCGGAGAUUCCUUCAAUCAUUCCGUCUGCCUGGAGAGGCGCAGAAGAUUGAUCGAUUGAUGUUGAAAUUURCCGAGCGCUACACCACUGGAAAUCCCAAUGCCUUUGCGAACGCAGACACGGCAUAUGUGCUAGCAUACAGUGUCAUCAUGUUGAACACCGACCAACAUUCGGCGCAGGUGAAGCAGCGUAUGACCAUCGAGGACUUCAUCAAGAAUAAUCGCGGCAUCAACGAUAACGCCAACUUGCCAGACGAGUACUUGCAGGGUAUCUUUGACGAGAUUGCACACAACGAAAUCGUCCUGGACACUGAGCGUGCGAACGCUGCGAAUAUGGGUAUUACAACCCAGCAGGCAGCGGGAGGACUGGUCAAUACCCUUGCCAAUGUUGGACGGGACUUACAAAAGGAGGCUUACGCGCAAGCAAGUGAGGAGAUGAGCAACCGCACCGAGCAGCUUUUCAAGAACUUGCUCCGAGCACAGAAAAAGGCGGGUGGCGCAGCAGCUGGCGGAAAGACGAGAUUCCUGACCGCAAGCUCGACAAAGCACAUCGGUCCCAUGUUCGAAGUCGCUUGGAUGGGAUUCUUGACCGCACUCUCUGGAGCUGCGCAGGAUACGCAGAAUGUUGAGACAAUUCGUCUUUGCAUGGAAGGGCAAAAGUUGGCGAUCCGCAUUGCUUGUCUCUUUGAUCUCGCAGAUCCUCGACAGGCAUUCGUGUCCAGCUUAGGCAAGAGUACAAACCUUUACAAUUUAUCGGAGAUGAAGGCCAAGAACAUUGAAGCGCUUCGGGCCCUUCUCGAGGUGGCAUACACGGAGGGUAACCGUCUGAAAGAAAGCUGGCGUGAUGUCCUUACAUGCAUAUCACAGCUUGACAGAUUCCAACUGAUAUCUAGCGGUGUUGAAGAGGGAGCGGUGCCUGAUAUGCUCAGAGCGCAGAGUGUCGCUCAGAAUCCUCAAGUCAACGGCAAUGGACGCAAGAGCAUCCAGACGCAAAGACGACCAACGGCAAGGACCGGGACCAAUGGCCCAUUUCAAGCUGAGAUUGCCGAGGAGUCACGAAGUGCAGACAUGAUCCGUGGGGUCGAUCGAAUCUUUACAAAUACUGCCAACCUAUCUGGAGAGGCAAUCGUUGAUUUUGUCAAAGCCUUGACUCAGGUCAGCUGGCAAGAGAUCCAAUCGUCUGGGCUUUCCGAGUCACCGAGGACGUACAGUCUGCAAAAGCUCGUUGAGAUCUCCGGCUACAACAUGCUGCGUGUGAGGUUUGAAUGGACAAACAUCUGGCAGAUUCUCGGUCAACAUUUCAUCGAAGUUGGCUGCCACAACAACACACAUGUUGUCUUUUUCGCACUCAACAGUUUGCGGCAGCUCAGCAUGCGCUUCAUGGAGAUUGAGGAAUUGCCCGGAUUCAAGUUUCAAAAAGACUUCUUGAAACCAUUCGAGCUCAUUUUGAGCAACGCUUCGCAAGUUGCUGUCAAGGACAUGGUCCUCCGCUGUCUCAUUCAGAUGAUACAGGCGCGCGGAGACAUGAUCCGGUCUGGCUGGAAGACCAUGUUCGGUGUCUUCACUGUAGCUGCCCGGGAACCUUAUGAGAGCAUCGUCAAUCUUGCUUUUGACAACGUAACGCAAGUCUUUCACGAACGAUUCGGCGUGGUCAUUUCGCAAGGCGCCUUUGCGGAUCUUGUGGUGUGUUUGACCGAGUUCAGCAAAAACAUGAAAUUCCAAAAGAAGAGUCUACAAGCAAUAGAAACCUUGAAGUCUUCCGUGCCGAAGAUGCUUAGGACUCCAGAGUGCCCCUUGUCCCAGAAGGCAGCUGGUGCAAAGGAUGCGCCGCAGGCCGAGGGACUGCCGAAGCAGCCAAGCCGUCAGACACAGGAAGAGCAGUUUUGGUUUCCAGUGCUGUUCGCCUUUCAUGAUGUCCUCAUGACAGGCGAAGAUCUUGAAGUCCGCUCGCGGGCCCUCAAUUAUCUCUUCGAUACUCUCACGCGUUUUGGCGGAGAAUUCCCUCGCGACUUCUGGGACACUCUUUGGCGACAGCUUCUCUACCCAAUAUUCAUGGUGCUCAAAGACCGCAAAGCGAUCAACCACGAAGCUGCCAACCACGAAGAGCUGUCUGUCUGGCUCUCCACUACGCUCAUACAAGCCCUGCGGAACAUGAUCAGUCUGUUCACGCACUUCUUUGACAGUUUGGAGUAUAUGCUUGACCGAUUUCUGGACUUGCUGGCACUCUGUAUCUGUCAGGAGAAUGAUACAUUGGCUCGUAUCGGUAGCAACUGCCUACAGCAACUGAUCCUUCAGAACGUCAAGAAAUUUACUCCCGCCAACUGGGACAGGAUUGUAGGCGCCUUUGUUGAUCUCUUCGCCCGGACGGAAGCGAAGGAGCUAUUCUCAGCCGCAACAUCUGCGUCGUAUACCAAAGAGAGCUCAUACUCGAACGGUGCGUCAGACACGCCCAAGACGCCUUCGACGCUCGAUGAUGGCGCCUCGAUCAUGUCUGCCAAUGCUUUGAACAUCAACGGCAAGUCUGAUGCUUCUGACGGCACUUUGAACGGAGCUCAGUCAAUCGGGGGUCCGGAUGCGGAGGCCUCGAGCUCAUUGUCGCUCUCCGGCGAGAAGGAGCGCAGCCCUUCACCAGCCUCUCCAGCCUCUCCAUCCAGGAGGAAGCCGUCCGAGCUAGAGGACUUUGCGGCUGGUCCGUCCAAGCAACAAGCGCCGAUCGUCGUUACGGCCGCGAGAAGACGCUACUUCAACAGCAUCAUAACCAAGUGUGUACUCCAGUUGCUCAUGAUUGAAACGGUAUCGGAGCUCUUCAACAACGAUGCAGUAUAUGCUUCCAUACCAGCGCAUCUUCUGCUACGGCUCAUGGCAUUGCUGAAGAAGUCUUACCACUUCGCGAAGCGGUUCAAUGAGGACGUGGACCUGCGUACCCGCUUAUUCAGGGAAGGUUUUAUGAAGCAGCCCCCAAAUCUGCUGAAGCAGGAGAGCGGCAGCGCUAGCGUCUAUGUACUCAUCCUACUCCGGAUGUAUGGCGAUCAGAGUGACGAGCGAACAGCCAGCCGGCCCGAAACCGAAGCGGCGCUCAUUCCAUUGUGCAGCGACAUUGUUGCCUCGUACAUACGCCUGGAUGAAGAAACACAGCAGCGAAACAUCAUUACGUGGAGGCCAGUGGUCAUUGAUGUCCUCGAAGGCUACACGUCCUUUGCGGACCCGGAGUUCAGCAAACACAUUGAGAUUUUUGCACCUUUGACUGUAGGACUCAUGAACCGCGACAUGGGAGCGGAUCUUCAGCGGGCUGUGCAAAGCGUGUGGCAAAGAGUUUGCGAAGUCAAGCUGGGCAUCACCAAGCUGCCAGAUGUAGCGCCCGCUGCGCCGACGAGUCCACGGACGACAGUGUUCGGCCGCAGAGGAAGCAGCAAAAGUGUACGGACAUGA